GCUGCGUCGUACUACUGCAGCAAGAUGGGCUUUGAACCCCUAGCCUACAAGGGCCUGGAGACGGGUUCCCGCGAGAUGGUCAGCCACGUGAUCAAGCAAGGAAAGAUCGUGUUCAUCUUCUCCUCUGCCCUCAACCCCUGGAACAAAGAGAUGGGCGAUCACCUGGUGAAACAUGGCGACGGAGUGAAGGACAUCGCCUUCGAGGUGGAGGACUGUGACCACAUUGUGCAGAAAGCCCGGGAACGAGGCGCCAAGAUCGUGCGGGAACCCUGGGUAGAGCAAGAUAAGUUUGGGAAGGUGAAGUUUGCUGUGCUGCAGACGUAUGGGGAUACUACACACACCCUGGUGGAGAAGAUGAACUACACCGGCUGGUUCCUGCCUGGAUUCGAGGCCCCAGCAUUCGUCGACCCCCUACUUUCCAAGCUGCCCAACUGCAGUCUCAAGAUAAUUGAUCACAUUGUGGGGAACCAGCCUGAUCAGGAGAUGGUGUCUGCCUCAGAAUGGUACCUGAAGAACCUGCAGUUCCACCGUUUCUGGUCCGUGGAUGACACGCAGGUGCACACAGAGUACAGCUCUCUGCGGUCCAUCGUGGUGGCCAAUUACGAGGAGUCCAUCAAAAUGCCCAUUAACGAGCCAGCGCCGGGCAGGAAGAAGUCCCAGAUCCAGGAAUACGUGGACUAUAACGGGGGCGCUGGGGUCCAGCACAUCGCUCUCAAGACCGAAGACAUCAUCACAGCGAUUCACCACUUGAGAGAGAGAGGCAUGGAGUUUUUGGCUGUUCCGUCCACAUACUACAAACAACUGCGGGAGAAGCUCAAGUCGGCCAAGAUCCGGGUGAAGGAGAAUAUUGAUGUUCUGGAGGAGCUGAAAAUCCUGGUGGACUACGACGAGAAAGGCUACCUCCUGCAGAUUUUCACCAAGCCCAUGCAGGACCGGCCCACGCUCUUCCUGGAAGUCAUUCAGCGCUACAACCACCAGGGUUUCGGAGCCGGCAACUUCAACUCACUGUUCAAGGCCUUCGAGGAGGAGCAGGACCUGCGGGGCAACCUCACCGACAUGGAGACCAACGGGGUUGGGUCCGGCAUGUAG